AUGUCGUUGGAACCGCCUACGACAGCAAAAGUGAUAUUCCAAACUUCCAGGGGACCAAUUGAGAUACAGCUUUGGGCCAAAGAGAUUCCCACUCUCAGUCGCGCAUUUCUUCAGAGAUGCGUAAAUAAGAAAUUCAAUGGCCAGAAGUUCACUUCUAUUUUGAAGCUGUUGGUGCAGCUUGAAGUUCCACAAGAUGCACAAUUUGACAUGAGAGAUGAGUUCAAUAGUCGUAUUCGUUUCGGUCGAAGGGGCCUGGUUGGUGUCGCUAGGAAAAAUGAAGAUCUGCGAAAUAACCAUACUGUAGCUUCGUUCUUCAUUACUUUGGUAGAGUUACCCCUGUACAACGAUAAAUACACUAUUAUCGGCCGAGUGGAAGGUGAAACAUUCUACAACGUGAUAAAGAUUGCUGACAGCGAGUUGGACGAGAACAACGUGCCGGUUUAUCCUGCUGUAGUUAAAGAUGUGGAAAUAAUAACUCCUUACUUUGACGACUUAAUAGCUGAUGAAGCAGAAGUAUCAGUACAAGAUGAACCACUGAAAAAGAAAUCUAGAAAGGAAAAGAAACCUACAAUAAAACUCUCAUACAAUGAAGAAGAAGUGGACGAGGAGGAUCAUGAGGAUUUUAAAAUGAAAUCGGCUCACGAGUUGCUCAAUGACAAGAGAUUAUCCAAGAAAUUUAAAGCAAAUGUCCCCUCUGCUGUAGAAGAAUUUCAAAAAGGCUCCAGAUCAGACAAAAGCCAAUACACGCCUAAGGCACCGAUCAAGAGGGAUCCUACAAUCGAUUCAGAUUAUGAUUCCUAUGUUGAUUUGUCUUCUGACGAAGAUUUUGAAAUACUGACUCUACAGAACCACAGAUUUAUAUGUAAACCAUUACGAUGA